AUGUCCUACAAAAUGCCGGUCUCGGAGCCGAUAGCGAUCGUCGGGAGCAGCUGCCGAUUUGCCGGUGGUGUGACGAGUCCGUCUCGGCUGUGGGAGCUGCUGAAGGAGCCGGUCGACCUGACCCAAGAUGUUCCGGCUGAACGAUUCAACAUUAAGGCCUUCUACCACGCCAACGGCGAAUAUCAUGGCACGACCAACUCCCCGAAGGCUUACUUCCUGGAUCAAGACCACCGCGUGUUCGACGCUAGUUUCUUCAACAUUUCCCCCAAAGAAGCCGAGGCCAUCGAUCCUCAGCAGCGCAUGCUACUUGAAGUGGUGUACGAAGCGCUCGAGUCCGCUGGUUACACCCUCCAACAGUACGCCGGCGACAAGGUAGCCGUCUACGCGGGGCUCAUGACCAGCGACUACGACACCCUCUCGCAGCGCGACGAGCUGGACACCAGCCAGUACUAUGCCACAGGCAACGCGCGGUCCAUAUUAUCCAACCGCAUUUCGUACUUCUUCAACUUUCGUGGUCCGUCCAUGACCAUCGACACCGCGUGCUCGUCCAGUCUGGUCGCGCUGCACCAAGCCGUGCUCAGUCUUCGCGCGGGCGAGUGCAAGAUGGCCUGUGUCGCGGGGGCCAAUUUGAUCCUCACACCCGAACAGUUCAUCGUCGAGUCGAACUUGCACAUGCUUAGCCCGACCGGCCACUGCCGCAUGUGGGACGCCGGCGCAGACGGUUACGCGCGCGGCGAAGGAGUCGCAGCCAUGUUCAUCAAGCCCUUGAGUCAGGCCAUUGCUGAUGGCGAUCACAUUGAGGCGGUCAUUCGCGAGACGGGCGUCAACUCGGAUGGCCGGUCGCGCGGGAUCACCAUGCCCAAUUGGAAGGCGCAGUCGCAACUGCUCCGGGAUACGUAUCAGCGCGCAGGGCUGGAUAUUGACAAGCCAGAGGACCGGUGCCAGUACUUUGAAGCACAUGGCACGGGCACCAGCGCGGGUGAUCCCAAUGAAGCGCGGGCGAUUGAAGAUGCGUUUUUCGGACGUAACAAAGAUGUCAAGGACCAGCACAAGCUUUUAGUCGGCUCCGUCAAAACCGUCAUCGGCCACACUGAAGGCGCCGCCGGCCUGGCAGGGCUCCUCAAGAUGGUUCAGAGCAUGAAGCACAACGCGGUCACACCCAAUUUGCACCUCGACACCCUCAACCCGGCGGUCGCGCCGUUUUGUACUCACCUGGCCGUUCCCACGGCCCUGACUGCUUGGCCGGCCGUGGCUGCUGGCCAACCGAAACGUGGCAGCGUCAAUUCGUUUGGGUUUGGUGGCACAAAUGCGCAUGUUAUUGUGGAGGAGUAUGUGCCGGAAUUGCACAACCCGGCUGGUGCUGAGCGAGGUCAAAAACAUGUUGAGCUCAUUGGCUUGAUGCCGGGUGUCAAUGGGGCUUUGGUUGAUCACGGUAGCUGGCCAACUGAAGCUAUGGCGUUGUGUCUUCCGUUGGUGUUGUCUGCCCCGUCUCCCAAGGCACUGGUGGCUGUCGCCCAGAGCUACUUGGAUUACCUGGUCAAGAACCCGUCAACCAACAUCAGCGAGCUGGCCUGGCACACGUACAAGCGCCGCACGGCGUUCCCCUUCCGCAUGGCUGUCUCGGUCAUGUCAGUCUCAGGCCUCACGACAAAGUUGAAGGGCGAGUUGUCCAAAGCCGGCGCUAGCAGCAACAAUCUCACGAAUCAGAACGGCGUCGGCGCGAACAUCAGCACCCGUGUCCGCCAGGGAGAUACACCCCCCAAAAUCCUAGGCAUCUUCACCGGCCAAGGCGCGCAAUGGCCGACCAUGGCUCGCGCGCUAUUUGUCUCUUGCCCAGCCUUUGCCAGCGUCAUUCACAGCCUGGAUGGCAUCUUACAGCACUGUCCUGACCCGCCGGAGUGGUUGCUAGCGGGCCAGAUCCUAGCCGACCCGGCAGAUUCCCAACUCGACAAGGCAUCUGUUGCCCAGCCAGUCUGCACAGCCAUCCAACUAGCACUGGUCAAAGUCUUGACUGAGAUCCUCGGGAUCCGGUUCCGCGCUGUGGUGGGCCACUCGUCUGGAGAAAUCGCCGCGGCGUUUGCGGCUGGCCGAAUCGGCAUUGCCGAAGCCAUGUUGAUCGCACAUUAUCGAGGCAUGGGCGUGCAUCUCGCCCAGGGAGAUCCGGACAACAAUGAUGGACAGGCAAAAGGCGGGAUGUUGGCCGCUGGCCUGACCUGGCAGGAAGCCAAGCACUUUUGUUCCCAGAGCCGGUUCAAAGGUCGUUUGUGGGUGGCUGCGAGCAAUGCGCCGGGGAGUGUCACGCUGUCGGGCCACCGCAAUGCUGUGAGCCAGGCGAUGCGGGUGCUCACCACGCGGGGCAAGUUUGCGCGGGCACUGCGGGUCGAUACGGCGUAUCACUCGCCGCUUAUGGACGCUGCUGCGGAUGCGUAUGUUGAGGUUCUGCGGAAGUGUGAGAUCACACCCACGGACGGAAAUAGCACCACGGUGUGGGUGUCGAGUGUGGAAAAGAACCAACCCCCCUCGGACGAGGACUUGGCCGCGGUGUACUGGCGGGACAAUAUGGUCCAGCCGGUGAUGUUUGCCGAGGCUGUUGGAGCUGCGGUCGACUCCCUCGGACCGUUUGACUGCGCGGUGGAAGUCGGUCCGCACCCGGCACUCAUGGGGCCCGUUUCACAGGUGCUGGCCGCUAAGAAUGUGGCGGGCAUGCCGUAUCUGGGAAUUUUCGACCGGAAGCUGGACGACCGUGAGGCAUUUGCGGGCUUUCUCGGGAAGAUGUGGACGCUUUUCGGGUCGUCGGCACAACAAAUCGAGGAGUUUGUCAAGGCGCAUGGUGUGGAGGGAUUACACAACAAGAACAGCAGCGUGGUGGACUUCCCGACAUACCCCUGGGACCACACCCAGGCCUUUUACCGCGAGUCACGCCUCUCACGACAGUAUCACUUCAAGUCAGACGCGCCGCACGAGUUGUUGGGUGUGCGCACUCGCGACGACGAUGGCAAACACCAGCUUCGGUGGCGCAACUUGCUCAAAGCUGACCGCCUGCCGUGGGUGCAGCACCACAAGUUCCAAGGCCAGGCUCUGCUGCCGGCUUCGGCAUACCUCGUGAUGGCGCUGGACGCAGCCAAGGCCCUGCUGGGUAAAAGGGCGGCGUCAACCGUGGAACUGUGUGACUUGAAGUUUCCGGCGGGGAUCAUUCUUGAGGGAAAUGUCCCAAUGGAGGUGUUGUUUACAUUGACUGUGGAGGAAGAGGACGCUGAUACGAUCAAGGCGUCGAUGCUGUUGACGUCUGCUCGUGCUGACAGCAGCGAUACCUCGGGCAAGGCCAUGACGGCGGCGAUGAAAAAGAACUUCACCGGCUCGAUGAUCAUCACCCUCGGCCCGCCUACUCCGGAUGCAUUGCCUUUCCCCACGUUGGUGGCUACCCGCCCUGAGACCCGCCCGGCAGACCCGGCUGCCUUCUACGACAUGAUGCGUAAAGACACGGGGUUGGAGUACACUGGUCCGUUCCGGGCUCUUCAGUCCCUGGAUAGACGGCAUGAGUUUGCUACGGCAACGGUGCGCAGGCAUGAUGAAGAGCUGGAUACCACGACCUUGAAGCUGAGUCCCGCGAUGCUGGAUGGAUGUCUGCAAACGGCGUUUGUGACGGUCUCAGCGCCUGGAGACGGGGAGAUCUGGACGGCGUUUUUACCCGUAAGUAUGGAGAAGGUUGUCUUUAACCUGGGUGUUGGGGACAACGCAGAUACCUCGACAUCUGGUGAACCCCAAGAUCAAGAGGAUUCGAUCUGGGAUGACGACGGCAUGCUCGUAGUCGACGCCUACCUCACCAAAGCCACGCCCGCAACCAAACACACCCCGGCGUCCUUCACAGCCGACAUCGAAAUCUUCCAGCCCAGCAUCGGCUACCUCGAAAUCCAAGUCAUCGGCCUCACCGUCGGAUCCUUCGGCGCGUCAACUACUUCCGACAACGUCUGGGAGCUCUACCUCACCACGCGUUUCGACGUCGACCCAGACGACGAGAUUGUGCUCCCCGGCCCGGAAUGCACCAACCCAGCAACCAUGGGCCUGUUGAUCGACAGCUGCGAACGGGUCGCGGGGUUCUACACGGAGUACGGCCUCAGCAGCUGGCCUAAGGAAACUCAGGCGGACAUCGAUGCCUUUAUUGCGUCGUCGCCGUACUUUGUCACGCUCGAGACGAUCCGCGCCUUUGGCCUCUAUAUGCCCCUGCUCAUCACGGAUGCGGUGACACUGCUCACUCGUGAUGGCCAGGAGUUGCUUGGGCUGCAGAGGCAUGUGGCCCGUGUUGUGAGGCAGAUUGCCCACAAGUACCCCGCCAUGAAUGUGUUGGGGGUUACCGAUCCGACGCUGGGGCUCACGUCGCAUGUUAUGGAGGGGCUGGGCGGGUCGUUUGCGUCGUUUUGUCUCGGGGGUGAGGUGGAGAAGUAUUUGGAGAACCGGACGGUGUGGUGGGAGACGGAUAAGGAGAGGGUUAAGGUUAGUCGGGUGAUUCUGGAGGUGGCGGAGGAUGAGGAGGAUAAGAAGGGGGAUAAGAACGGGAAUAAGAAGGUGGACAAGAAGAAGGAUGAGAAAAAGGAGUACAAGGGAGUGGUGUACGAUUUGGUUGUUCUCACGACGGCGGACAUAACCAAUCCAGUUAUGGUCUUGGAAUCCGUAAAGCGUAUGAUGCGGCCUGGAGGCUUCUUGCUGCUGGUCCACGAGACCAAGAUGAAAGCCCAGCCGUUUCACAAUUGGCCGGUCCUACUGGACCAUUAUGGGUUUGGGUUCGUCAUGAAGAACAGCCACCAGGGAUUAGCGUCGCUGCGCAAGUACGGAAUCACCGUUCGCCAGGCCGAAGCCAGGGACAAACACACUCUCCUGCUUCCGCUAGGCAUAAACACCAAGAAAAAGCCACAACCCCUAACCGACCGCUUGGUAAUCGUCGGUGGCACGAGCAUGCCCACGGCUAUCCUCGCCGCUGGCGUCUGCGAGCGGUUGAACGUACUGUCUAGGCAGCCAGUCAGGAUUGUUGACACGCUGGACGAUAUCUCUCUCGACACCAGCUCCGGCUCGGACGCCAGCACGGGAAGACGAGCGAAACCUAAAGCGUCCGCCAUUACAGCCGCCAUCUUUCUGCAAGAUCUAGAGGAGCCCAUCGUCUCCCAAGCGACCGACGACCGCUUAGCAGUUCUGCGCGCCCUCUUCCGCCCGGACAUGGUCAUCCUCUGGGUUGUGCGCAAUGCCCGCUACAACAACCCCGAGCACGCUGCCAGUCUGGGGUUUGCGCGUACCAUCCUCGCUGAGAUACCCGGGCUGACGUUGAAGAUGGUGGAUUUGCAGGUGCAGGGCGGAAUCAGUGUGGAAGGAUCGGCCACAGUCGUCGCGGAGAUGUUUGCACGGCUGCUCAAGCAGAACACAGUUGGGGAGACAGAGCUGUGGAGCAAUGAGCCGGAGGUGCAUGUCGACAGGGGCAAGUUGUUGGUGCCGCGGGUCAUGCCCUGGGAAGAGGCUAAUAAACGGGUGAAUGCCCCGCGCAAGGAAUCCUUGACCUUUUGGAACAGCGUGGAGCACUUAAUCCGCGUGGUGCCGAACCGAGACGACGCCGCUCCUGAGAAGUUCGGCCUUGAAGUCGACCUCGACGAUGUUGCUUUCAGCCCCAGUGCCGACCCCAACCUUGUCCAUAUCCAUGUGCAGUUCAGCACAGUCGACGCCAUCGACAUCGCGGGGCGGUCAUACUACAUCUGUUUCGGCCGAGACGUUGAAACAUGCGAUUCCCACGCUGCAUUGUCCACUGUCAACGCCUCCCAUAUCUUUGUCCCGCGCAGCCAGCUUCACACCGUGGAAGAUAACCUUCUCAAUGUUGGUCGUGUGCGCCCGGUCGGCGAUGAUAGUGGGGUUCCGAUCGUGGAAGAUCAACUGUUGUUUCUGGACUGUCUCGUUCGGCAGAUGUCCACCAUGGCUUUGUUGCGCGAAGCUCGCGAAUUUACUCAGUGUGGUGCUGUUUUGUUGGUUGAGCCUGACGCGCUGUUCAGGGAGUGUCUGACUGCGGCGUUUAACACUGUUGGGGUGGGGAUUCGGAGUUGUUCGACGGACCCCAUGAAGUGUGCUGCUGUGGCAGAGGGGGUCGAUAUGGAGUGUGUGCAUCCGCGGGCGUCGGCCACGGUCGUGAAGGGAUUGUUUCGGUCGCCGAAUACUUUGAUCAUUGAUAUGUCGGAUGGACGGAGUGUGUUGUCGGAUAUGCUGAAGAGGCAUGCGCCUCGUGGGUCGCGGUAUAUGACCCAUGGGUCGCUGAUGAACUCGCAUUUGGGUAAGGACGACCGCGAGGAGAAUCGCGUGAAGGCCGUCGUCGAGAACCAUGAGGACAACCGACAGGGCAACCAACAGGUUAACGGACAUCAAAACCAAAAGGUCAACGGAGAGGCUAAUGGCGUCAACACCGACAGCAACCCAGACGAAGAGUAUGAUGAACUGGCCCGCUUCUGGAGCUUCUCCAACUCGCUGGCCGUCAUCACUAUCCGCGGGAUAGCCGCGCCUACUGGUCACCGCACCAUCGUCACCGUGCCCGACCUCGUCAAACGCACCACUCCACUCCCGCCGUUUUCUUUCAUCCACUGGGCCAAAGAGCGCAUCGUGGAUCUACCCACUAGGUCUUCCCCGUUACCCGCGAACGGCCCCCCACUACUCAACCCGAAGAAGACCUACCUCCUAGUGGGCCUGACCCGCGACCUCGGCCAGAGCCUAGUCACGCUCUUCGUAAAACUCGGCGCCCGCAUUUUCGUCCUCUGCAGCCGCAACCCACCAUCUACCAUGCCCGCGUGGGGGCAACAGCUCCGCUCCAAGGGCAUCUACAUCCACUUCGCCUGCCUCAACGUCAUCAGCCUGCACGACGUGCACAACCUGCGCGUCCACCUAACUCAGACCAUGAAGCUCCCGCCCAUCGGCGGCGUCGUCAACGGUGCCAUGGUCCUCGAGGACUGCGUGUUUUCCCACCUGACCGCUGAAACCCUGAAGCGUGUGCUGCUGCCCAAGACCGUUGGGUCGGUGAACCUCAACCGCGUGUUUUGCGAGCCGGAUAUGGAUUUCUUCAUCAUGACGUCCUCGUUUGCAGCCAUCGGCGGACACGCCGGCCAGUCGAACUAUGCCGCUGCGAACAUGUUCAUGAACGGGCUGGCUGCGGGGCGCAGGAAGAGGGGGCUGUGCGCCACGGCGAUCAAUAUCGGCGUGAUCUACGGCUUGGGGUUCCUGAACCGCGAGAAAGAGGAGUUGUAUCAAGGGUUGGAGAGGGAAGGGUACCCGGCCAUUUCGGAGCGGGAUCUCCACCACAUGUUUGUGGAGGCUAUUGUCGCCGGCCGGCCGUCGAAUACUGAUCAAGGAGAGCAAGGGAUCUACGAUAUUGUUACUGGUCUGCGGCGGUUUGAGGCUGGUCGCCCGACGCUGCAUUGGCAUCGGGAUCCGAGGUUUGGUCACUUUGUCACCUACAAUACCUCCGAUGACACCACCAACCCAACCUCGGGGACGGAGAUCCCCAUCAAAAAACGCAUCGCCGACCCUUCCCACACCCAAGCCAGUCUAACCACCCUCCUGACCGAGGCCUUCGUCACCCAAUUGACAACCCAACUCCACUUGGACAGUUCCUCGGGUGCGGUGACGCCGGAGCACAGCCUGGCUGAGUUGGGCGCGGAUUCGCUGGCGGCUGUGGACUUGAGGAAUUGGGCGUGGAGGGUGUUGGGGCUGGAUGUGGCCGUGAUGAAGGUUUUGGGGGCGGCGACGGUUAAGGGGUUGUGUGAGGAGUUGGCUGAGGGGGUUUUGAAGAAGUGUGAGCAGAGUCAGAGUCAGGGGGAGUGA